AUGUAUGGAGGAAGAUUCGAUAUCGGUCAGAGGAUCAAGAUGGAUCAAACGGGUAAUUGGGUUCCUGAUCCGAGUCCUCAAUCCGAAGGAACGAAUGAACUGGAUACAACCCCCGAUACAUCCCAUGAAGGACCGACAAAUGAAAGAGGACGAGAUUCAAGUGAUCCGCCGCAUAGUGGUGAAGCUACCAGGGGAUUAAGUACCCCACCGAUCAUAUCGUCUCCUACUAGUCCUGGACCGCCUAUCUCGCCUACGUCUCCAUAUUCUCCUGAAGAAUUGGGUCAAAGGCCCAGAAUGCCGACCAGAUCUUCUCAUAGGGUUUCGAGAGAAGGUACUUCACCUUUGGCAGCUCAUUAUGCUUCUAUUAGAGAAACGAGAGCGAGAUUCAAGGAAUUGAAUAUGCAGAUUGAAAACAUGCAAAAGCAGAAAUUCGCAGAGAUAGCUUCGACAACGGCGGAUAUAAAGGGAUGGAUAGUGGCGGGAAAAGGAGUGAGGUGGUUACCCUAUGCUGAGCUCAUUGAAGGAUAUACGAGGGAAGAUAUACUGUGGCAGAACGCUGGUGCAUCAACCGGGAAGAAGGACGAGCAGACAUUUUGGUUGAAAGUCCUGCUGUCGGGAGGUGUAUUAUCGAUCAUUUUGGUUCCCUUCCUUGCGCUCAGUGUCGGUACGGCCCCUGGAUUCGCGCAUUACCUCGGUUUGUUGAAACCGUUAGCAAAGAGUGAUGGAUUUGGGUCCGGUGUGGUGGAAGGUCUAGUCCCUGCUGUGGUUUUGUCAAUGGUCGUGGGAGUGGCUUUAUACUACACUGAGGGUCUUUCGAAAGAUGUCAAAUGCAUCUCACGGAUUCAUCAGAGACUUUUGGCAUACAAAGCUGUCUUCCAUCUCUUGCUUUGUAUCACAGUCGAGUGGACUGUUCUCGUCGUUGCCCUAGAGUACGCUGUGCAGGGAUUUGCCAUAAAUGUGCAGGAAUCAAGGACAGUCGGUGAUGGAGCUGUAUUCUCAACUUGGUUCGUCUUUGUACUCCUACUCAACUUAGCCUUCGUCUUGCCGGCUGUGUAUCUGUUACAACCACAUCGGUUAUUCAAGUAUCUCAGAGAGAGGAAGAAAGUUAUUACCCCAAGACAAAGAUAUCGACUCUACACAUCUCCUUCUUACUCCCCGGCGAUCGGUAUGGCCCCUUGUCUCCUAGCUGUAUUUUACGCUUCAACUCUCCUGAUCAUCUUCCCUUUACUCGCUAUUCCAAUUCUCGUAAUGCUCUACCUCUCAUUCAUCGCCAAUCGAUACAUGAUCGAGCACGUUUUCGUAGACUCAUCGGCAGGAUAUACAGGCACGGUAUUAGCCUUAUGGCAUGUCAGGAGGUUCGGUUGGGUGCUGGGAUUUCAACCCUUAUUAUACGGGUUGAUCUUGCUAAGUAGGAACGAAUGGGAGAUAGGAGGAGUGAGUAUCGGUGUGGCCAUUAUCACCGUACUCCUAAGUGAGGGAUUGACGGUGUUGAGAUUCAAAGACAAGAGGAGAAAAGAUCUCAAUGGGAACACUAGAAAAGCGUUGGACGAACUUUCCUCUUCUAUGCGAGAUACCAAGAAAGAUGAUGGGAAUAGGAAUGAGAGGAACUCUCGUCAAUCUGAUUUAUCCUUGUUAAACCGAGUGACAGCUUUGUUACCUGGCUAUGGUAGAUUACCUGAUCAUUUUCCAUUACCUAUCCCUACGGAACGAAUGGAUGAUCUAUUGCAGACUGAACGAUGUUCGAAUCUCAAGCCUACAUCCAGAUCGGGACAAACUGCAGAAGGUUAUCAGUAUUUUACGGAAAAUCUAAAUUCGAUUAAAGGAUUGAUAUACCCUUUAGAAAUGUUAAUACCCAUACCGGUCAUUUGGUUACCACGAGAUCAGAAUGGGAUCGCUCAAGGGGAGAUGAUUGAAUUGGGAAGGUAUCAUAAUUUAUUGGCUAUUGUGGAUCAACCGGACGAAGUCAGAUCUCAAGAUGCAGGUGUAGACAAGAAUAGGAGACCCAAGGGUAAAGGUAAAGAGAGGGGGGAUAGGGAUGAUGGAGAAGUUAAUUCGCCUUUGUUAGUUCGUUAG